AUGGCCUUUGCAAAAGAUGAUGCAUCAUCGAGUGUGAACUCUCGAACGGCCUUUGUUCCAUCCACUACAUCGACCACAACCAUUUCACCAACCGGGCUACGGCCUAGUGCCGCUGCAGGCAACAAUGACGGUAGCUCUAGUAGCGUGACUGUCUUGAUCGUCACGCACGAGCACUCCACUUCUGAAUCUUUUCGUGCGUCAGCUUCGGCAGUCUCGACAGAUCAAACAAUGACACCGGUUAUUGAGCUGGUAACCGACGAAGGUCGCACGGUCCCGGUUUUGACAGGCACAAGAACAUCAGCUGCUUGGUUCCCAGGACCUACUGUACUGACAAACUUGUAUGGGUCCAGUCAGCUACCUGCCAAGUCGAUACUGGUGCACUCGAAUACGUCCGCGGUGGCACAUCCGCAAAGCUCAACGAUCGAUGUUGACUCUGGAAAGCUUGUCAGUCCAACAAGCCUAUAUAGCACUGUGCCCCUACUCUGGCUGCAAGAUACAGACGGUCUAACACCCCUGUCUAACUCGACAGCGAUAUUCCAAACCCCAACAACCGAACCGAGCAAUUCUACGACCGUGGUCGAAUCAUCUAGUGGCGAGCGUACCGUAUCCAAUGCCGGGAUAGUCGCAGCGCUGAUAGGCUUCUGGGUCCUGUUACUUUCGCUUGUGAGGUCUUAGUUCUUCUUGGUGCCACGGAUCGUUGAUUGAGACCUCGAAGCCACAGCGGUCUAUCGAGCUGUGACGAUUUGUCAGGACGUGAUGAUGGGGAAUGGCGAAUGCAAACAAACGCAGCGACUGGUGCAUUUCGAUAUAGUCAGCGGCACCUGCUUGGUGGAAAGAACAGAAUGUUUGUAGCCAUGCCUUCUGACGGCCAAUCUACCUGAAUGGUGGUGUAGGUCUAAUUCAACUGCUAUAUUUCAAUGCAUUUACUUCUCUCAUGCCGAAAUAGCGUAGUCUCAAUGACGGCAAUGCCUUGAUCUU